GAAGAGGAGGAGGAAAAUCUGGAUGAUCAGGAUGAGCAAGGGAACCUGAAAGGAUUCAUUAAUGAUGAUGACGAUGAGGAGGAGGAAGAGGAGGAAGAAGCCAGUGACUCUGGAGACUCUGAAGACGAUGUUGGCCACAAAAAGAGAAAGCGCACUUUUGAUGACCGCCUGGAGGACGACGAUUUCGACCUCAUCGAAGAGAACCUGGGCGUUAAAGUCAAACGACAAAAAUUCAGGCGCGUGCGGAAAAUGUCCGAUGAUGAGGAUGAUGAGGAGGAGGACUAUGGGAAGGAAGAGCACGAGAAGGAAGCCAUUGCUGAGGAAAUCUUUCAGGAUGGCGAAGGCGAGGAGGGAGGGGAAGCUGUUGAAGCUCCUGUUGCUCCACCAGAAGAAGAGGAGGAGGAGGAGGAAGAUGAAUCCGACAUCGAUGACUUCAUCGUCGAUGACGAUGGACAACCUCUGAAGAAGCCCAAAUGGCGAAAGAAGCUCCCUGGAUACACCGAUGCUGCCUUGCAGGAAGCCCAGGAAAUCUUCGGUGUGGACUUCGACUAUGAUGAGUUUGAGAAGUACAACGAGUACGAUGAAGAGAUGGAGGAGGAAUAUGAAUAUGAGGAUGAAGAGGCUGAAGGGGAGACCCGCGUCCGACCCAAAAAGACCGCCAAGAAGCGCGUCAGUCGCCGUAGCAUCUUUGAGAUGUACGAGCCCAGUGAGCUGGAGAGCAGUCACCUCACAGACCAGGACAACGAGAUACGCGUGACAGACAUGCCUGAGAGGUUCCAGUUGCGAUCCAUCCCAGUAAAGAGUGCUGAAGAUGACGAGCUGGAGGAAGAAGCUGACUGGAUUUACAGGAAUGCAUUUGCAACACCCACCAUCUCCUUGCAGGAAAGUUCUGACUACCUUGAUCGUGGACAAGCCGCCAGCAGCUUCAGCCGCAAGGGGCCCAGCACCAUCCAGAAGAUUAAAGAAGCCCUGAAUUUCAUGAGAAAUCAACACUUUGAGGUCCCAUUCAUCGCCUUCUACAGAAAGGAGUACGUAGAGCCAGAGCUGCACAUCAACGACCUGUGGAGAGUCUGGCAGUGGGAUGAGAAGUGGACCCAGCUGAAGAUCCGCAAGCAGAACCUGACACGUCUGUUUGAGAAGAUGCAAGCCUACCAGUAUGAGCAAAUAUCUGCUGACCCAGACAAGCCUUUGGCUGAUGGAAUAAGGGCCCUUGAUACUACUGACAUGGAGAGGCUGAAGGAUGUGCAGUCCAUGGACGAGCUGAAGGACGUGUAUAAUCACUUCCUGCUGUACUAUGGGCGAGACAUCCCCAAGAUGCAGAAUGCUGCAAAGGCUGCUCGAAAGAAGCAAAAGCGUAUCCGAGAGGAUGGUGAAGAGGAAGAAGGUGAAGGAGAGGAUGCUGAAGAUGAUGAGCAGAAAGGGCCUGAGCUGAAGCAGGCUUCCCGUCGGGAUAUGUACACCAUCUGUCAAACAGCUGGGCUGGACAGCCUGGCUAAAAAGUUUGGUCUGACACCCGAGCAGUUCGGAGAGAAUCUCCGAGACAGUUACCAGCGGCACGAGACGGAGCAGUUCCCUGCAGAGCCCCUGGAGCUGGCCAAGGACUACGUGUGUAGUCAGUUCCCAAGUCCGGAAGCUGUGCUGGAAGGAGCCCGGUACAUGGUGGCUUUGCAGAUAGCCAGAGAGCCUUUGGUCAGGCAGGUCCUGAGACAGACUUUCCAAGAAAGAGCUAAAAUCAACAUUUCACCAACCAAAAAGGGGAAGAAGGAUAUUGAUGAAGCCCACUAUGCCUAUUCCUUUAAAUACUUGAAGAACAAGCCUGUGAAGGAGCUGCGAGAUGACCAGUUCCUGAAAAUGAGCCUGGCGGAGGAUGAGGCGCUGCUGACUAUAGACAUCAGCAUUGACAUGAAAGGAGUGGAGGGUUACGGUAGCGACCAGACAUACUUCGAGGAAAUCAAACAGUUCUACUAUCGGGAUGAGUUCAGCCACCAGGUGCAGGAGUGGAAUCGGCAGCGUACUAUGGCCAUUGAGCGGUCCCUCAACCAGUUCCUCUACGUGCAGAUGGCUAAAGAGUUGAAGAACAAGCUGUUGGUGGAGGCCAAGGAGUAUGUCCUCAAGGCUUGCAGCCGCAAGCUGUACAACUGGCUAAAAGUAGCCUCAUACCGUCCUGAUCAGCAAGUGGAGGAAGAUGAUGAUUUCAUGGACGAAAACCAAGGGAAGGGGAUUCGGGUGCUAGGCAUUGCCUUCUCCUCAGCCAGGGACCACCCCGUGUUCUGCGCCCUUGUUAAUGGAGAGGGUGAGGUUACAGACUUCCUCCGAUUGCCACAUUUCACAAAGAGAAGGAAUGCCUGGCGUGAGGAAGAGAGAGAAAAGAAGGCACAGGAUAUUGAAACCUUGAAAAAAUUUCUUUUGAACAAGAAGCCUCACGUGGUGACAAUCGCAGGCGAGAACAGGGAUGCUCAGAUGCUGAUGGAGGAUGUAAAGAGAAUUGUUCAUGAGCUGGAUCAGGGGCAGCAGCUGUCCUCUAUAGGAGUGGAGCUGGUGGACAAUGAACUGGCCAUCCUCUACAUGAACAGCAAGAAGUCUGAGAAUGAGUUCCGGGAUUACCCACCUCUGCUGCGUCAAGCAGUCUCCCUUGCUCGUCGCAUUCAGGAUCCUCUCAUAGAGUUUGCCCAGGUCUGCAGCUCUGAUGAGGAUAUUCUCUGCCUGAAACUCCACCCUCUGCAGGAGCACGUGGUGAAGGAGGAACUGCUGAAUGCCCUCUACUGCGAAUUCAUAAACCGUGUGAACGAGGUGGGAGUGGAUGUCAAUCGGGCAAUUGCUCACCCUCACAGCCAGGCUUUGCUGCAGUAUGUGUGUGGCCUGGGACCACGCAAAGGCACUCAUCUGCUAAAGAUCUUAAAACAAAACAACACACGCCUGGAGAACAGGACCCAGCUGGUUACGAUGUGUCACAUGGGACCCAAGGUGUUUAUCAACUGUGCUGGCUUCAUCAAAAUUGACACAGCGUCGCUGGGCGAUAGUACUGAUUCCUACAUCGAAGUCCUAGAUGGUUCCAGAGUCCAUCCUGAAACCUACGAAUGGGCAAGAAAAAUGGCAGUAGAUGCCUUAGAAUAUGAUGAGUCAGCUGAGGAUGCUAAUCCUGCAGGAGCUCUAGAGGAGAUCUUAGAAAACCCCGAGCGACUGAAAGACCUGGAUCUUGAUGCCUUUGCUGAAGAACUGGAAAGACAGGGCUACGGUGACAAGCAUAUCACUUUGUAUGACAUUCGAGCUGAACUGAGCUGCAGGUACAAGGACCUGAGAACACCAUACCGUUCUCCAAACACAGAAGAGGUCUUCAACAUGCUGACCAAAGAAACUCCAGAGACUUUUUAUAUAGGUAAAAUGAUCAUCUGCAACGUGACCGGGAUAGCCCACAGGCGACCACAAGGAGAAAGCUACGACCAGGCAAUACGGAACGAUGAAACUGGCCUAUGGCAGUGUCCUUUCUGUCAGCAGGAUAACUUCCCAGAGCUCAGUGAGGUUUGGAAUCACUUUGACAGCGGUUCCUGCCCAGGUCAGGCCAUUGGAGUGAAGACACGUCUGGAUAAUGGCGUUGCUGGCUUCAUCCCAACAAAAUUUCUUAGUGAUAAGGUGGUCAAACGGCCAGAAGAAAGGGUGAAGGUGGGAAUGACUGUUCACUGCAGGAUUAUGAAGAUCGACAUUGAGAAGUUCAGUGCAGAUCUGACCUGCAGGACUUCUGACUUGGUGGAUAAGAACAAUGAGUGGAAACUGCCUAAAGACACCUACUAUGACUUUGACUCUGAGGCAGCAGAUCACAAACAGGAAGAAGACCUGAAAAGAAAGCAGCAGCGAACAACGUACAUCAAGAGAGUAAUUGCUCACCCGUCAUUCCACAACAUUAGCUUCAAGCAAGCUGAGAAGAUGAUGGAGACCAUGGACCAAGGGGACGUGAUUAUUCGGCCAAGCAGCAAAGGGGAGAACCACCUUACUGUCACCUGGAAGGUGAACGAUGGGAUUUACCAGCACGUGGAUGUCCGAGAAGAGGGCAAGGAGAACGCUUUCAGUCUGGGCUCCACGCUUUGGAUUAACACGGAGGAGUUUGAAGACCUGGAUGAAAUUGUCGCUCGCUAUGUCCAGCCUAUGGCUUCUUUUGCCAGAGACCUGUUGAAUCACAAAUACUAUCAGGAUUGCAACGGUGGAGACAAGAAGAAGCUGGAAGAGCUGCUGAUAAAGACCAAGAAAGAGAAGCCAACAUUUAUUCCCUACUUUAUCAGUGCCUGUAAAGAUCUACCUGGCAAAUUCCUCUUGGGAUAUCAGCCUCGAGGCAAACCAAGGAUAGAGUAUGUGACGGUCACACCAGAAGGAUUCCGCUACCGGGGCCAGAUCUUCCCUACUGUGAACGGACUCUUCCGAUGGUUUAAGGAUCAUUAUCAGGACCCUGUUCCAGGUAUUACCCCCAGCAGUAGCAGUCGGACCAGGACUCCAGCCUCCAUUAACGCUACUCCAGCUAACAUUAACCUGGCAGACCUGACCCGUGCAGUGAACGCCCUCCCGCAGAACAUGACCUCCCAGAUGUUCAGUGCCAUCGCUGCCGUGACGGGCCAGGGGCAGAACCCAAAUGCCACCCCUGCACAGUGGGCAUCCAGUCAGUAUGGCUACGGGGGCAGCGGAGGUGGCAGCAGCGCGUACCAUGUCUUCACGACUCCAGCACAGCAACCAGUGGCCACCCCUCUGAUGACCCCCAGUUACUCCUACACUACCCCCAGCCAGCCGAUCACGACCCCCCAGUACCAGCUGCAGGCCAACACCACACCCCAGUCCACCCAGUCCCAGACACAGUCGCAGCCAUCGUCCAGCUCCAGGCAGAGGCAGCAGCCAAAGACCAACAGCCACGCUGCGAUCGACUGGGGGAAGAUGGCCGAGCAGUGGCUCCAGGAGAAGGAGGCUGAACGGAGGAAACAGAAGCAGAGGUUGACUCCUCGCCCGUCCCCCAGCCCCAUGAUCGAGAGCACGCCCAUGUCCAUCGCCGGGGACGCCACGCCCCUGCUCGACGAGAUGGACCGAUAGGCUGUGCUGGACCUGGUCUGUGACCUCCGCUCCCUUCUCUCGGAAAGGGAAGGGAGAGCGAACAGUUGAAAACAACUUCCCUUCCCUUAGCCACGUAACUCCUGUUUUAUACGUCAUGAGAUGGUGGGAAAUGACUCUUGGUGAUGUGCACCUGAGCGAACGAAUAGACUUGGCAGGGCUGGUCUAAAUAUAUAUAUACUAUAUAUAUAUAAAUAUAUCAUAGGAAAGGACAACUGCAGUGGCCUCUGCGUUCCAGGUCCCUGGUUCACCACUCGGAAGCUCGGCAGAGCAGUUACAAGGUCAAAUGAGUCCAUCCUUUUACGCGCACAGCAGUCUGCUUUCACAGCGAAGACCAGGAAGCAAACGUAGCUGAAACUGCAGACCACUGGCCUGGAGUGAGCCUGUUUUCUUUGGAUUCUCCCAAACCCUGACUGUCGGCUCUCCUCGUCCAGAGCGCGCGAAGCAAAGUCACUGGGGUUGUGACAAGCUAACCAGAGUUCUCAAAAGGUUUCUGUUGUUGUUUGUUCGCUCCGUGGUUUCACGUGUAACAGGCUCUGCAAAGUCUGUGCCAACCCCCAGGCGUGUUCGUAGGGGUCUCGCGCAGCAGCUCUGGGGGUAGGGGUCUUGCCGGAGAGAAACGCAGCUGUUGUACCAAAAGGUUGCUCUCCUCUGGCUUCUUUUGGAUCAAUAUUUAUUUAGUUUUUUGGGUUUUUUUGUUUUGUUUUGUUUUUAAAUCAGAGUGCGAAGCGAAACCCCAGGCACCAGCAGCUUUCCCAAGCAUGGGCCAGACACUCGGGCUGAAACGCCGCGAGAGCAGCCGCUCGUAUGGCGGAGGGGGACGUAAAGCAGCUGAGCGCAUGGCAUCCUCCUCCGCGUCUGCUUAACCCUGCCCACUUGUAACCAAAAGGGGUGAAUAAAUAGUGUUUCUACUGAACGCUACUCGAGAGGUUUUCUGUCUGCACCCCGCGCUGCCUGCCUGCCCUCUCCUCUUAGCCCCGGGUUGGCCGCAGGAGCAGAGUUCAGCGCUGAAAGCCGCCGCUCCUUCCUCCUUUGUUGCUUGGAGUUGCCUUCUGUGUGCCGAAACUUUCAUGGAGAAGCUGGUUUCUGUUGAGCUGAUUAAAAAAAAAAAAUUGUUUUGUUCUGAUGUAUUGUAUAGAGACAUCAUGCACGCGUACCGGCACCUCGCAAGGCCCGCACGUCUCUCACUGGCUGGGGGAGGUACCGGGGGCCUGGGAGGGGGCAGAUGAUGCGGAUAACUCCUGUUAUAACUUCUGUCACGUCAGGAACUGCCAGCGCUGAGAGGCAUUUCUGAACUGGAAACUUUCUGCUGCACACACUUUCCCCUCUCCUCCUUUGUUCGUAGGGAUUUUCUAUGGAAGCAGGGUCUUUGUUCCUCCGAGUGCUCCUGGUUAGCCUCCUCUUCGCUAGGAAAUGAGCAAGAACAGCAGCUCCGGAUAAACAAAGGUCUUUUUUGCAUGUAAAUGCUCCUGAAGAAUGGCAGCAACGCAGGAGAACAAAGCAAAGCAGUUUCCAAAGAGAAAUGCAGGUCCUGGCUUCCACGCCAUCUCCUCUGGGGUGCUGGGGGCUGACACGGCCAUGUCCCUCCUGCAGCCGCAGGCCGGGAUGGGGCCGUGCCGGGGUGGCUUGCAGGUGUACUAACCUUGUGCUAUUUUUUUAUUUUAUUAAAUGCUACGAUGGGAAUUUUACCAAGGAUGUCUCUGACCCGUACCGGGGGGCUAGUUGUGCAUUGUCGGCUCCUUUUCAGCUUUGUUUUUAGUUUCCCCGUACCGUCAAUAAAAUUCUACUUUUGGGAA